AUGUCACUGAUUCACGCUCUCGUGGCGCAGGGCUCGACAAUUCUUGCUGAACACAAAGUAGGGAAACGGGAUUUCUCUCAAGCAACACAAACCAUACUGUCAAAGAUACCGCCAAACAAUAGUAAACUCACCUACGUCUGGGAGCAAUAUCUCUUCCACUAUGUCUCCGAGGGAGGAUUCACGUAUUUGGUCAUGGCUGAUGACUCUGCUGGAAGGAGGAUGCCUUUUGCAUUCUUAGCUGAAUUUCAACGAAAGUUCACUUCGGCGCCCUCGUCGUCGUCUGCUGAAGAUAUGCCUGCCUACGGCUUACAGGGCACAUUCGGACCCACCAUAUCAUCACUCAUGCACACCUAUAACACUGCACCGCCCUCUGAUGAACUUACCCGAGCACAAACAGAACUCAACCAGGUCAAGGACAUCAUGGUGCAAAACGUCGAGCAGAUCUUGAGCAGAGGAGAACGAAUUGAGCUUCUCGUUGAUAAGACUGAUGCUAUGGCUGGUCAGGCGACUGCGUUUAGACGUGGGGCGAGGAAUGUACGAAGACAAAUGUGGUGGAAGAACAAGAAGGUACUAGGACUUGGUCUCUUGGCGGGGCUGGUCUUGCUGUGGAUUAUAUUGGCGCAGUUCUGUGGCGCCAGCUUGCGUUGCGCGCAAAAGGCAAGUACCUAG